AGGUCUGUCUGAGCUGAACAUCAAUAGUCUCCUUCAGUAUAAUAACGCUGCUGCUGCUGGGGGAUCCUCCGGGGAGCGGACUCAGACCAACGGCGCUGCUUCUGUCACCCCGCCGUCACAUCCAGCACACCGGGGCACCGGGGCCUUCCAGCCGCAGCUGGAGGGGAGUCCGGCCGGGAGCAGAACAACAGGACGGAGGGAGGAGGUGACAUGCCCUCUGCCGCUUGGCGCAGUCGGUGCGCCGCUCGCUGUCAGUGGACGAGGCUCAGACCGGAAUGGUGCAUUUGAAUUCUUCUUUUUAACGCCUGACUCCAUCCCCGUCUCUCUCCGGAUUAUUCUACCGGGGAACAGCAGCAGUUGAGGCCGGACCGUAGACCAGGAGCUCCGAGAGAAUGCAGCAGAGCGGCUGUUGGACUGCAGGUGGAUGGCCAACCUGACGGUCCCAGCCGCCGCUUCCCUCCGUUCAGCCGCUGCAGCAGCAGCAGCUCUGGCUUCACCCGGAGCUGCAGAGACGAACUGAAAACAGACAGAACCGAGUCGGACGAACAAACCCCCGCCAUGCUUCCCGGGGUCGGCGUGUUCGGCACCAGCCUGACCGCCAGGGUGAUCAUCCCGCUGCUCAAGAACGAGGGCUUCGCCGUCAAAGCGCUGUGGGGCCGGACGCAGGAGGAGGCGGAGGAGCUGGCCAAGGAGAUGAACGUACCAUUUUACACCAACCGGAUCGACGACGUGCUGCUGCAUCAGGACGUGGAUCUGGUCUGCAUCAACCUGCCGCCGCCUCUGACGAGGCAGAUCGCAGUGAAAACGCUGGGUAUUGGCAAGAAUGUCAUCUGUGACAGGACCGCCACGCCUCUGGAUGCCUUCCGAAUGAUGUCAGCUGCCCAGUACUACCCCAAGUUGCUGAGCAUUAUGGGAAAUGUGCUGCGUUUCUUGCCUGCCUUUGUUCGAAUGAAGGAGCUACUGGAGGAAGGGUACAUCGGAGAACUCCUGGUCUGUGAGGCCCAGGUCCACAGCGGUAGUCUCCUGGGAAAGAAAUACAACUGGAGCUGUGAUGAUCUGAUGGGAGGUGGUGGCCUGCAUUCGGUGGGCAGCUACAUCAUUGACCUGCUUACGUUUCUGACUGGACAGCGUGCAGCAAAAGUCCACGGCUUCCUCAAGACCUUCGUUAAACAGACAGACCACAUCCGGGGCAUCCGUCAGAUCACCAGUGACGACUUCUGCACUUUUCAGAUGGUGCUGGAGGGAGGUGCCUGCUGCACUGUCACACUGAACUUCAACGUCCCUGGAGAGUUUCGGCAGGAGGUGAUAGUCGUGGGGACUGUCGGGAGGUUGACGGUCACGGGGACGGACCUAUAUGGACAGAAGAAUAGUGGUGGUGGAGGAAGUGGUGGUGGUCCUGAACUCCUACUCAAAGACACAACACCUCUUGAGAAGGCCUCCUUGCCAGAAAAGGCCUUUAGUGACAUUCCAUCCCCUUAUCUCACCGGGACGAUCCGCAUGAUCCAGGCCGUGCGGCAGGCCUUCCAAGACCAGGAUGACAGGCGGACGUGGGACGGGAGGCCCCUGACGAUGGCCGCAACUUUCGAGGAUUGUCUUUAUGCUCUUUGCGUGGUGGACACAAUCAAGAAGUCCAACCAGUGUGGAGAGUGGCAGAACAUUGUAGUGAUGACGGAAGAACCAGAGGUCAGCCCGGCCUAUUUAAUCAGCGAGGCCAUGCGACGGAGUAGGAUGUCGCUCUACUGUUAACAUCCAACGAUGUGCUGAACGCCUGUGUCAUCAUGGAAACUUGAGGUGGUACCUCAGUAUUGAUAAAAAACUUUUUUUAAUAGAGCUACUGAAUUCAGUUAAAUUAAUCUCCCGUUUAUUUUAAUACUUUUAAAUCUGUAUGGUUACUGUUACAGACAGUUUACACCACUUUGAUACAGAGAGCUGUGGUUUCCCAGCCUAAGCAGUAGAGGAAAAGAAAUGUGAUUAUUGGUGAAACCUUUAUUUAUAAUGAGGAAGCUUUCUGAACUUGUUUCUUUUUUCAUUUUGACAUGGGACCUGAGCCCUUCUAGGUGAUGCACUUGCAAAUCAAACUGAUUCAUGCAACAGAACGACCUACAGUGGAGGUAUAUCAGGGAGUCAGACUACUUCUGGUUGGCUGGUUGAUCAGUAGCAGGCAUCUACGCAGGGAUUUGCUUCUAAGUUCCCAUUUUACAAACAGAUGCCUGUGAUUUGAAAUGUUUUUCACCCCUACGCUGCUGCUUGAUCAAACAAACAGUUACUGCGUCUCCUAUCUGCUUCUCUUCUAUAUGACUGGGUCUGGAAAGACAACACCUUACACUGUGGGUCCGAACAAGGACAGCCAAGGAAGAACGAUAGUCUUCUCAAAUUGUGCCGCUCUGUUGUUGCUGUACUUGCUAGUUUUGCCAAGUGAAUGUUUUAAAAAAAAAGUCAGUGCACUUGAUAGUCAGUCUGUGUCUACUUUUUAUGCUUCUCUCUGUGUGAAACAAGAGAUAAAAAAUCAAUAGUUUGGCUGGUGGUGUUCUAUAGAGGGCUUUACCUCCUGCUUUAUGUAUGCAAUAUUACACAGGCUGUUUCUCUUGAAGCCUGAAAUGAAGGGUUAGAACACACUAUGGUAUGCCUUUAUGCAGUUACAGUCGGCUGUGUCUCAGCCUGUUAGUCCUGUAUGAGUAGCCAGUGUAGUGAUACAUUGAUACUUAUUAUUUAUUUCAUGGUUUUUCUAUCAUCAUGAAGCAUUGCCACGAGGCACACUGAAUCCUAUGUGGCGUGUUAGUACAUAUCUGUACUGAGCCUUAAGUGCGGACAGUCCUGCAUGUAGAGAUGCAAAUAAAUGUUAAUUUACAGAGUGUGAGGAUUUUAUCCUCAAAUUACGAUGCAAUGGGUCACCUCUGGUGCAAGCUAAUGUAAGCCUGUUUAACAUGUCAGCCCUACAGAUAGACUGAAUACUUGCAGCCAGUUAAUAGUGUAGCACAGUGUGGUGGACAGUGGACUGCAAAAUCUCUUUCAGUUCUAUUCAAGGUCUGGUGGUAUUCUAUGUUUUUUUUAUGUAACAACCUAAACCAACAUAGUCAGUCUGUCCGCCGGUACUUUUGUGCAGACUGGGUCAUGCAGAAAGCAUGUAGAAAGUAAAAUACCGUCCUUAUACCUACCAUAUUAGUCCACUGGAGUCUUGUUAGUGGACUCGGUUCCAUACAUGGUACGGAGAAUGUUGUGUCUUCCUAUUCUGCGCAUACACACAUACUGCUGCAGAGCCUGCAUGCUGCUGUCCUUGUAGCGUAGUGGACACAUGGACACACAUUGUGGACUGCACACAGUCGUAUAUGAACAGGUCUGUACCAGAUCUUGGAUUUGGGCUGACAGCAUGGACUCUCACGGACACAUAAAGUAAAACAAUACCCUGAUUCUUAGUGAAGAUUUAAAUUCUUAAAGCUGCACUGGUGAAUGAUUUUAAAAAGAGUGGGUCUAAUAGGUGUAAUGUAAGAGGAGAUACCUGACUCUACUGGUCCAGUCAAUUCUUUACCAUUUUAACAUUUAUCAGCUCAUGUUUUUCACUUCUGGUUUUGCUUCACUUUCACAGAUCUUAUGAACCCUGUUCCUAGCAGUGGCAGCAGACAGCGGUUUUGGUGAAAAAGCUUUGAUAAACCCGCUGCAAGAUCUCUGCCCAGCACCACACAGCAGAUAGACUCAAGUGGCUGAUGAAUAAUGUGGAGCAUUUUGCAGCUAAAGAGGCAGUUGGUGAAAACCAAAGCAGAGCUAAAAUGAAAUGAGUACUGGAAUUACAUUUGCUGUGUGUUUAAUUCUGGGUGUGUAAUGGCAACUUUUUGCUCCUACACUAACCUUCAAAACAGUUGCAUAUUUAAAGCUUGUAUUUUAAAAAUUCUAUCUUUUAUUUUAAUUUGGACUGCCUGCAGCUAUUGACAGACACACAUAGAAGAAAAAUAUGGAAUAGCACCACCAUUAUCUUUCAAGUUGUAAAUCACAAGCAUCAGCUGCUCUUCAGAGCUGCAGUGUACCAUGACUUAAUUAGAGGAGUGUAUCAGUAAACAGAGCCAAUGAGGAAGAACAUGAGCAAGAGUGAGAAAAAACAGGAGUGAUCUGAUAUAAGCAUAUCAGUUUUACACCAGUUACGAUGUGUAAUUCUUGUUAAAGAUACAAAUACACAUCAGACUCAGAAAACUGAAGUAGUCGCUGUGUAUUACUUCCUGUCCAGUGCUGAGAAAGCUACAGCAAACCAUCAUAAAGUGACUUUAGGUAUAGUUGAACUUAAAGUUUAGGAUCAGUCAGCACAUAUGAAGAAGCAACACUGACCUACAAGCCAAAAGAUUGAUUUUUUUUUAAUGCAUCUCUGUUCCCCUGUGCAGUUUCGAGUUCUUAAGCUGUGCUGAAAUACUCUCUAUGUAACAACUACUGAAAAUGUACAUAUGAAAAUAUUAUAAAACAACAAUAUGCGUUUGUCUAAAGAAAUAAACAAGUACUGUAUGUAUUUUAUUUGUAAAAAUCAAGGAACUGGAACUUGUUUCGUUGAGUGUUAAGGUAUUUAUUCUCUGUUUUUGCUGUUGACAUUGUGUGGACUGACCUGCAGUGUAUUUGGUAGAUUGACAGCAGGCUGAGGCCUUUGGAGCUUCUUAGUUCCCCUUUUAUCAGAUAUUGACCAAAAUAGUCUCGUUUCAAACACACUCUUGUGAAAAGCUUUAUGUUUGCUCUGAAGAUGCAUCAUAGACCACAGGCAGAAUCCAACAUGACUCCACUGUCAACUGCAGUGCAAACUCUGAUGUGAAAAAUCAACAGAUCAUAGAUGUAUCGUUCGGUGUUUUGAUUUGUCAUGACACAAUGUGCUUUGCUAAGGUCAGGAUGCAUUAUUGCUCCCGCUGUGAUCACAGUUUUUAACACUUACUUGGUUGUAAAUUUUAGCAAAAAAACAAAUAAAAAAAACUCCCUUGCUCAGUAAUCUGCCUGAAAAAACCUUUGAGUCCAACACUGAUAAGCUAUCUCCCUACAGCAUAACUCAAGUUAAAUUAUUGACUCUAGUGUACUAAACACCUUAUCAAAUCUGCAUAUAGACUUUCCCCCUUUGUCAGAUAAGAGAUGUUAACAUAUACACCAGUAAAAGCUGUAGAGGGGAUAUGAACUUGUCUCUUCAGGGUUGAAUUUGCCUUUUAUGUUUAGUUCUGUGUUUUGCCUGGAUUUUGGAAAGCAAACUUGGACUUUGGUCUGUCAUGUAGGCCCUGGAUGUGGAAAAGGAAAUAGGAGUUGUUUCCUCUCCCUCAUCAGGCCUGUAAACUCACUUUAUUACCAUCUGAUUUAUAGCUGCGCGGGUGUAGCCUUGGCUGUUUAUCCCAAUUGAACUCAAUUUAGAGGUGAAUGAUUUCCCUUUCUCUGUGGUUAACUACACAGAUGUUCACAGGGAAUCUAAGGUGAGAGACCAGAGAUGACAUCUGCAGCACAAUAACGGCAGCUGCUGACUUGUGUUCACUGCCACUGCAGUCAAAGAGAAACAUGGGUUUGCUUUCAAAUUAUUGAAUCAAGUAACUUAUAGCUCUAAGUUUUAAUAGAUACCAGCACCAGUUAUUGGUAAGACUUUUUUUACAGAUCUGUUGAGUCCUAAUGCAUUAAAUCAGACACUGUUAUUUUACAUAUUUUCAUGUAACCAUUCUGUGGUAAUGAUUAAUUUACAUAUAUUUACCUGAAAGAACUGCCCCAUUUCAACUCAUGUAAAUAUAUUUUUUUCAGAUUUCAACUGGAAAUGUAGCCCUCAGAUAUGCUGAUCUUCAGCUCAGUUCAGGACAGAUCUCAAUGGGACAAAGAUAGAACAAUAAAACAAACAGAAGAAGUAACAAUCAAAGCAUUUAACAAUAACAUCUGGCUUGCAUUUUUCCACAUUCAGUCUGCCAUCGAAUUUGGAAUUAAUUAAUGUUCCCACCUAUCACGUUCUGUGUAAUUAGUACCAUGAUUCUUUCCAGGAAAGCUCCCAGACAACUGGAAAUGAUUAGGAAUUUAUGGAUCUGUAAAAUAAAGUGUUACCUUGUGACUUCAUUUGGAAAAGAAAUACGGUCUCAUAUGACAUAAGUCCCUACUGCUGCACCAGUGCUACUGUCACACUCCACUAGGAGUCAUUAAUAAUCUGCAGACUAAACUGAGAAGCUCUCUGUGCAGAGUAAGCUGCAGAAAUUCAGUAGUAGUUAAACUCGAUUUUUAAUAUGUUUCUUGUUCCUGCUGUAUUUGGUCCCUUGUGUCUUCAGAUUCAAAAUCUGUUGUGAACCAGCAGCUUGACUCAGACUGUGUAGUUUCACAGUAGUGCACAGGGUUUGUUGUCUGUGAGUAAAGAUCCACUCACAAUAGACCCACAUGUGUUCAAUUACUGUAGACUGGGUCUCAUGUUGAGAUUAAAUCAGCUAUAUUUAGUGUCCCAGUGGUGAGAAGAUGCAGAAGAACCUGCAGUGACUCUUAACCAGAACUUCAUGUGUUCUUUAAAGUGUUAGAGAUUUGGAUUUGCUCUCAGUUGGUGUAGUUGUGCUAGUGGACGUCUAUCCAUCCUCCUCCAUGGAGACUCAGUUAAACAGCUCAGCAGCUGCUGCAGCUCUGUGCUAAAUGUAUCAUUAGAAACCAGAAAGCUUUUCACUUCAGCCACUGCAGAUGUUCUUCAAAACACCACAUCAUUUUUUUUCUGACUCCUGUCUUUUCUGUGAAGUCAUGAAGACACUGAUGAUGCUGAUGCAGAGGCUGUAGUACUGUCUCCACUGUACUGCUCAUCAGACUCCCAGUGAUCUCUGGAUGGAGCUGCAGUCUGAAAGUCAUGAGGCAAUAUCUGGGAUCUGAAGCACUGAAUAUUUAAUGAGUGGAAUUUUAAUGAGCCAAUACAGUUCAGUAUGAAAAUUUCAUGCAUUUUAGAAAGAUCUCUUGACUGUUUUUGCUUUUAUCUGUUAAGUAUUUAAAUUUUCAUGCUGAUGUAAAGGUUGUUACAGCUGAUGUGCAGACAUCAAAUUGUGUUCUCUGAGGACUCACUGGUCUGGAUUUUUGUUGCCAAGAACAGUUUUUUCUGUUGUUGUUUUUUGUGUUUGUGUGUUUUUUUUUCCUGCUGCUUGUGGCCUGACAAGGAUGAUGGGACUCUGAGCUUCAGAAAGAGACACUGUAGAAGAAUCAACACAGGAGGUGCUCUGGUUCGAACUUUGCACUUUGACUACCUUGUUAGCCGACAGUGUGACUAUGAAUUGCUUGUCUUUGUUUCGGCAGCAUUCACAAACUGUUCAGGAAAGGCCUUCACUCACUGAGGGGGAAAGGAGGUGGAGGAGGACGAAAUUGUUCAUUUAGGAGACGAGCAACCUCAAAGAGGUGCUUCUUCUGCCCUCAGAGACCGUUACUUAGCAACCAGAUGCCACAUUGCCAAAACUAAAUCUUGUCUUAGAUUUUUUUCCCUCCUCUCUCACUUUCAUUAUCACUCACUCCUCGGUAUGUCUUAUCCCCCUCUUUUCUGUGACUGACUGGUCAAAGGACGAACGCCCAUCAGGGGUUUUUACAAUCCGUGUUGCGGAAGGUAACGGUUCCUGAUCAGCUUUUCAUUGAUCUGUCCUUUCACAUUUCUCACACGGUGACUCUUGAGCGUUGCUUUUUUUUUCCUCCUCUCUAUCGUGAGUCAGGUUAAAGCCUGGAGGACAAGCUCACUGGUGCUUUUGCAGACCUUCCCUCAGAGGAUUUCCUCCUCUCUUGCCUUCACAUGCUUUACAAGUAACCAAGACAACCCUCUUCCAUAAAAACCAUUAGGAGUCACCUGCAGGUUGUAAAUGCCUUUCCUCAGCUGAUUGAUGAAUGCUAACUCUGCCAUGUCCUGCUUGCUUACCCUCCACAUGGACAAAUAUCCAUUCUGAUGCUGUGUUGUGAGUAUAUCCAAUAUUUAUUGUCAUGUGUGUAUAUUGUGGACGCAUGGACCUCUGUACAUACUGUAAUUUGACCUCUCAAACACAUAUUUAUGGGUCUUACUCUAGAGAAUGUACUUACUGUAGGAAUAAUUUAUAUUUUCUAUCCGUUAAGGAUAAUAUGCCAUUUUUAGGAGGUCAGUCAGUGUCACGGAAAUGAAAGUCCCUCUGAGUUCUCGCCUGCUGUAGAAUGUGAUGGUGCACUUCCAUUAAAUGACCUCCCUCCCUCCCUGUUUGUUUUUUCUUUUUCUUUCUUUUGGUUGAUUGAUUGACUGUGUGACUGCUGUUUCUGUCUCUUAUUGUCUCAUCUCCCUGCACGAUUUUGUGUGCGUGUGUGUGUGUGUGUGUGUGUGUGUGUGUGUGUGUGUGUGUGUGUGUGUGAGAUUUGGGGGGAAAAGGAAGAAGUAUAAUUUUGUGUGCAUUUGCAACAUGGUUUACGGCUUCAGCACUUGUCAAAUGCUGCAGUUUCUAUGGAAUAAAAAAAUAUGUACAUCCUCAA